UCAUCCCUCUCUUCACCUUUUCAUCCUUUCAUCUUCUUCUUCUUCCUCUAAACCUCACUCUCUCUUCUUCCUUUCCGUUUCUUCCUUCCAUCAAUGACGGACACUACUGACGACAUCGCUGAGGAAAUCUCCUUCCAAAGCUUCGAUGACGACUGUAAAUUGCUCGAUAACCUUCUUCACGAUGUCUUGCAACGCGAAGUUGGUAGCCAAUUCAUGGAGAAACUUGAAAGAACUCGAGUCCUCGCUCAGAGCGCUUGCAAUAUGAGGAUGGCGGGUAUUGAGGAUACGGCAGAGAUGCUUGAGAGGCAGCUUGCGUCGGAGUUGUCGGAAAUGACUUUAGAGGAAGCCUUCUCUUUGGCUCGUGCAUUUAGUCAUUCUCUCAAUUUGAUGGGGAUUGCGGAAACCCAUCAUAGGGUUCGUAAGUCGAGAAAUAUUGCACCUCUUUCAAGAUCCUGCGAUGAAGUUUUUAAUCAGCUAGUGCAGGGUGGAGUUUCUCCGGACAAGCUUUACGACAGUGUUUGCAAGCAGGAGGUUGAAAUUGUUCUUACAGCACAUCCAACUCAAAUAAAUCGUCGUACUUUGCAGUAUAAACAUCUUCGCAUUGCUCAUCUAUUGGACUACAAUGACCGACCUGACCUUAGUCCUGAAGAUCGGGAAAUGCUAAUUGAGGAUCUGGUAAGAGAGAUAACUUCAAUAUGGCAGACAGAUGAACUUAGACGCCACAAGCCCACACCAGUUGAUGAAGCUAGGGCUGGCUUGAACAUUGUUGAACAGUCACUGUGGAAAGCUGUCCCUUAUUAUUUACGUCGACUCAGCAAUGCCUUAAAGAAGCAUACUGGGAAGUCGCUUCCUUUGACUUGCACGCCAAUAAAAUUUGGGUCUUGGAUGGGAGGCGAUAGGGAUGGAAAUCCAAAUGUCACAGCAAAAGUCACAAGAGACGUCUCUCUUCUGUCUAGGUGGAUGGCUAUUGAUUUAUACAUUCGAGAGCUUGAUAGCUUGCAAUUUGAACUUUCAAUGAACCGAUGCAGUGACAAAUUAUACAGACUUGCACAUGAAAUUCUUGAAAAGGAAGCUGCAUCUGAAGAUCGACACGAGAUAUGGGUUCAGUCUUCGAGCAAAAAUGAAUUGAAGAAUCAGGGCCAUCAAGCUGCUGCACUUCCAAGACAACUUCCACUUAGGGCUGAUCUACCUUCAUGCACGGAUUGCAAUGAUGGUGAAUCCAGGUAUUCUAGAGUCGAAUUUCCGAGGACUGAUCAUACAUCAUCAAAUAAUCAGGAAAUUACUGUUCCAAAAACAAGUGCAUCUUUAUCAAAUGGGAAUUCACCUAAUGCAAGUGCAUCCCAGUCCAAUUCUAUGCCUCGCAAUGCAUCUUUCAACUCGAGUCAACUCCUUGCUCAGAGGAAACUGUUUGCAGAAUCUCAGAUUGGGAGGUCCAGUUUUCAGAAGCUUUUGGAACCCAGGCUCCCUCUACGUCCUGGAAUUGCACCUUACCGCGUUGUGCUGGGUAGUGUAAAAGACAAGCUUGUAAAAACACGGAGGAGGCUGGAGCUGCUUCUUGAGGAUCUUCCUUGUGAAUAUGAUCCUUCGGAUUACUAUGAAACUGCCAAUCAACUCUUGGAGCCGCUGCUUCUUUGCUAUGAGUCUCUGCAAUCAUGUGGAUCUGUGGUGCUUGCUGAUGGUCGGUUAGUUGAUCUGAUUAGAAGAGUUGCUACAUUUGGUAUGGUAUUAAUGAAGCUGGAUUUACGUCAGGAAUCUGGUAGACAUGCUGAGACUCUGGACGCCAUUACAACGUAUUUGGAUAUGGGUACAUAUAGUGACUGGGAUGAAGAAAGGAAGUUGGAAUUUUUAACAAGAGAGCUGAAGGGGAAGCGGCCACUAGUUCCUCCAACCAUUCAGGUUCCUUCUGAUGUUAAAGAAGUUUUGGACACCUUUCGUGUUGCUGCUGAGCUAGGGAAUGAAUCACUUGGUGCCUAUGUGAUCUCUAUGGCCUCAAAUGCAAGUGACGUCCUUGCAGUGGAACUUCUGCAGAAAGAUGCACGACUUGCUGUUAGUGGCGAGUUAGGACGACCGUGUCCUGGUGGAACGCUGCGGGUGGUUCCUCUAUUUGAAACUGUGGAUGACUUGAGGAAAGCCGGAUCAUCGAUCAGGAAACUAUUGUCUAUUGAUUGGUAUCGAGAGCACAUAAUAAAGAACCAUAAUGGGCUUCAAGAGGUCAUGGUAGGUUAUUCUGAUUCUGGCAAAGAUGCUGGGCGAUUCACUGCUGCAUGGGAACUUUACAAAGCUCAAGAAGAUGUUGUGGCUGCAUGUAACGAGUAUGGUAUUAAAGUUACCCUGUUCCAUGGGCGUGGUGGGAGCAUCGGCCGUGGGGGUGGGCCAACGUAUCUGGCCAUUCAAUCCCAGCCUCCAGGUUCAGUAAUGGGUACUUUACGAUCAACCGAGCAAGGAGAGAUGGUGCAGGCCAAGUUUGGGUUACCUCAGACUGCUGUUAGACAGCUAGAGAUAUAUACAACGGCCGUACUCCUCUCAACUCUAUGUCCACCACUUCCACCUCGUGAAAUUAAAUGGCGUAAUCUAAUGGAGGAGAUCUCAAAAAUCAGCUGUGAGAAUUACCGUAGUAUGGUAUAUGAAAAUCCAGAAUUCAUUUCUUACUUCAAUGAAGCGACUCCUCAGGCAGAGCUUGGCUUCCUUAACAUUGGAAGCCGUCCAACAAGAAGAAAAACGUCGGUUGGGAUUGGCCAUCUUCGAGCUAUACCGUGGGUUUUUGCUUGGACACAAACUAGAUCUGUUCUUCCAGCUUGGCUUGGGGUUGGGGCAGGUUUAAAGGGUGUUUGUGAAAAGGGUCACACCGAAGAAUUGAAAUCGAUGUAUGAGGAAUGGCCUUUCUUCCAAAGUACCCUAGACCUUAUAGAGAUGGUUAUAGGAAAAGCUGAUACUCAUAUCGCAAAACAUUAUGAUGAUGUCCUUGUUUCGGAGAGUCGACGCAAUAUUGGAUCAACAUUGAGGAAGGAACUAGUAGAGACUGAGAAGUAUGUCCUGGUAGUUAGCAGGCAUGGAAAACUAUCAGAAAACAACCGAAGUUUGCGGAAGCUGAUUGAAAGCCGACUCCAUUAUCUUAAUCCUCUGAAUCUAUUGCAGGUGGAGAUAUUGAAAAGGCUGAGAUGUGAUGCUGAGAACAACAAAUUAAGAGAUGCAUUGCUUAUUACCAUCAAUGGAAUCGCAGCCGGAAUGAGGAACACAGGUUAAGUGGUGACGGGCUUUCAUCAAGUGAUUAUUACCAAGAGCCUUAGAAUAAAGAGACUAUGUAGGUUGAGUUCAAACAAAAAAAGAGAGCAAUGUUAGGAGAAGAAAAACCUUUAGUUUAAGAUUUUAAAUGUUUGAAUUAAAUUUAUUUGAAGCAUUUUAUGUAAAUUUUUGUUUGGCCAGUAUUUGCAUGCUGAACACUUGAGAAUACAGUAUGUUAAAUCCUCAAAUCUCCUUUUUGUUA